AUGUCUGUUUCGAUGAGAGACUUGGAUCCAGCUUUUCAAGGAGCUGGACAAAAAGCCGGUCUUGAGAUAUGGCGGAUCGAAAACUUUAAUCCAGUUGCUAUUCCGAAGGCUUCUUAUGGAAAAUUCUUGAUGGGGGACUCCUAUAUUAUUUUGAAGACUACUGCUUUAAAAAGUGGUGCCCUGCGCCAAGAUAUACACUAUUGGCUUGGUAGAGAUACCUCACAGGACGAAGCAGGUGCUGCUGCCAUCAAAACAGUAGAGCUUGAUGCAGCUCUCGGAGGCCGUGCAGUACAGUAUCGCGAAGUCCAGGGCCAUGAAACUGAGAAGUUCUUAUCUUAUUUUAAGCCAUGCAUCAUACCCCAAGAAGGCGGAACAGCAUCUGGAUUCAAACAUGUUGAGGCCGAAGAGCACCAGACAAGGUUGUUCGUUUGCAAAGGAAAACACGUCGUCCAUGUGAAGGAGGUUCCUUUUGCUCGUUCUUCCCUAAACCAUGAUGAUAUUUUCAUUCUUGAUACCACAUCUAAAAUUUUUCAAUUUAAUGGUUCCAAUUCAUCCAUACAAGAGAGAGCCAAAGCCUUAGAAGUGGUCCAAUAUAUCAAAGACACAUAUCAUGAUGGGAAAUGUGAGGUAGCUUCCAUUGAGGAUGGAAGAUUGAUGGCUGAUGCUGAAACGGGGGAGUUCUGGGGUUUCUUUGGUGGCUUUGCUCCACUUCCACGUAAAACAGCCAGUGAUGAGGAUAAAUUGCCUGCUUCUGAUGAGACCAGACUAUUUUGCAUUGAAAAAGGUCAAGCUGAGCAAGUUGAAGCAGAUACUUUUACCAGAGAGUUGCUAGACACAAACAAAUGUUUUGUUCUUGAUUGUGGAGUGGAAGUUUUUGUAUGGAUGGGAAGAAACACCAAUCUCGACGAAAGGAAGAAUGCAAGCAAAUCAGCUGAAGAGAUAGUUCACAAUGCUGAUCGACCGAAAUCCCACAUAAUCCGGGUGAUGGAGGGUUUUGAGACUGUGAUGUUUCGGUCAAAGUUUACAUCCUGGCCCAAGACAACUGAUGUAGCUGUAGCCGAGGAUGGCAGAGGGAAAGUUGCAGCACUCCUAAAACGCCAGGGGCUAAAUGUCAAGGGCCUUGUGAAAUCUGCUCCUUCAAAAGAAGAAGAAACAGAACCACAUAUUGAUGUUACAGGAAAUUUGCAGGUUUGGAGAGUGAAUGGAGAAGACAAGGUUCUCCUUCCAGCUUCAGAUCAGUUUAAGUUCUAUAGUGGGGAUUGCUAUGUUUUCCAAUAUGUAUAUCCGGGAGAAGACAGAGAGGAGUAUCUAAUUGGAACAUGGUUUGGGAAGCAGAGCGUUGAGGAGGAAAGAGCUUCUUCUGUUUCACAGGCAGGCAAAAUGGUUGAGUCACUGAAGUUUCUGACGGCCCAGGCCCGCAUCUGUGAAGGAGCGGAAACUAUUCAGUUCCUUUCAAUUUUUCAAUGCUUCAUCGUCUUUAAGGGUGGUCUUAGUGCUGGAUACAAGAAGCAUAUUGAGGAUAAUGAACUCGCAGAUGACACAUACAGUGAGGAUGGUACUGCAUUAUUCCGGAUUCAAGGAACUGGCCCAGAAAAUAUGCAAGCAAUACAAGUUGAACCAGUAGCAUCAUCGUUGAACUCCUCCUACUGCUAUAUAUUGCACAAUGGCCCAACAGUCUUUACAUGGUCUGGGAACCUUACUUCGGCCGAGGACCAGGAAGUUGUGGAGAGACAGCUAGAUCUGAUAAAGCCAAAUUUACAAUCGAAGCCGCAAAAGGAAGGGUCGGAAUCUGAGCAAUUUUGGGAUCUUUUGGGUGGAAAAACUGAACAUUCUAGUCAAAAAAUUGCAAAGGAAGCUGAGACUGAUCCUCAUUUAUUCUCUUGCACGUUCUCAAAAGAAGGAACACUGAAGGCAACUGAGAUAUAUAACUUCAGCCAGGAUGAUCUAAUGACAGAAGAUAUAUUCAUCCUUGAUUGUCACUCUGAAAUAUAUGUAUGGGUGGGGCAACAGGUUGACUCCAAGAGCAAAACAAAAGCUUUGUCUAUAGGCGAGAAAUUUAUCGAGAAUGACUUCCUGUUGGAAAAGUUAUCACAUGAAACUCCAAUUUACGUGGUCAUCGAAGGGAGUGAACCAACUUUCUUCACUCGCUUUUUCACGUGGGAUUCAGCAAAACCUGCAAUGGUUGGAAACUCGUUCCAAAGGAGACUCACUAUUCUGAAAGGUGGAACUCCAAUUAUAGAUAAACCAAAAAGGAGACCAGCAGCCUCGUAUGGCGGGAGGUCAGGCGGCACAGAGAAAUCACAACGUUCUAGAAGUGUGUCAUUCAGUCCCGAAAGAGCUCGUGCAAGGGGAAGAUCUCCAGCUUUCAAUGCGCUGGCUGCCACAUUCGAGAAUGCUAAUGCUCGCAACCUGUCCACUCCACCACCAAUGGGUCGUAAAAUUUAUCCCAAGUCUGGUAGCGCAAGUCCAGAUUCUUCGAAGCUGGCUUCCAAGUCUGCCGCCAUAGCAGCACUCACUGCAACUUUUGAACAACCAUUGCCUGCUCGACAAAUGAUCAUGGCGAGAACAGUCAAGGCAAGCCCUCAAGGUCCGAAAUCAACACCCGAGUCGGAGUCCGAAGGAGGGGACUAUAUGAGCAGCAGGAUUGGAUCUUUGACAAUAAAGGAAGACAUGAAGGAGAACGAACCUGAAGAUGAGGAAGGGCUGCCGAUUUAUCCGUACGAGCGCCUUACAGUGAAUGCGGAAGAUCGUGUUGCCGACAUUGAUGUGACAAAGCGUGAGACUUACCUAUCAUCUUCGGAGUUCAAGGAGAAAUUCGGGAUGGGUAAGGACGCAUUCUACAAGUUGCCGAAAUGGAAACAGAACAAGCUCAAGAUGGCACUUCAGUUGUUCUGA